AUGCUGCUCGAGACCUUGAUCUCCCAGAGCCAGCUUCCAUACGAGGAAAGCUUGCUUGAAAACAGCGACAACGAGACUCUCUGGCUCGAGUACUUCGAGGCUUACCGGGCCGAUUUCAAUAAGGCCGUGUUUAUUCUAGACCGGGCCGUGUGCGAGUUGCCUCACUCUACUUUACUAUGGAACGCAUAUCUCCAAUUGCCCUGGAGCCCCGAAGCCACGGGUACCCUUUUGGGUUUAUACGAGCGGGUGUUGCAGAUGAUGCCCUCGACGCCCGCGUUUUGGCUCAGGUACAUCGAUCUUCUUUCGGGCCCCAACGCCGACGCCGGCCGGCUUCGAAAAGCUUUGGACAUGGCGCUCUUCAACUUGGACCGCUCGCAUCACCCGCACAUCUGGCAGAAAUACUUGCGUUUGGCCGAACAGAUGUCCGGCCCGCCGGCGGCCUCCAUCUACGCGCGGUACUUCGAAAUCUCGCGUGGCGAGGCUGGCGGGCUGGCCCUCAUCCUGAGCGAACAGUGUGUUUUGAAGGUGGCCGAGCACGCUGGCUUCCGGCGGGCGGCUGCUCUACUUCGAGAUUUGGAAAGGACGAAGCCGGCGGGCCUGCGCCUGCACGCCGACUUUGUGCUUGAGUUUCUCUGCAUCGUGCUGCAAAACACCCAGUUCCGCAAUGACGCUUUUGUCGAGCAAACAGCGCAGACUGCCGCCGCGGAUUUCCCGCCGUUCGCCAAACGAUUCAUGCUUGUGCUUGCAAGCUACUUUUCGGCACGCGGGCUGUGGGAACAAGCCCGGCACUUCCAUGCGCUAGCCUUCGAAACGGCAAAAACGCCCGCCGACGUCGUGGACGUCUUUGAUACGGUGACAAACUGGGAAGAAAACCAGAUGGAACGGCUAUUCCGGGCUGGCGACGCCGAGGCCCUCCGGCUCUGCAUGAGGAGCUUCUCGCGGGUCUUGGCGAAACAGCCCGUGCUCGUAAAUGACGUUCUCAUCAAGGCGCACCCUCAUAACAUCGACCACUGGCUCGAGCGAGCUAGCAUCUUCCAGGAAAAGGCCGACCAGAGGGAAGUCAUCAACACAUACGUCACGGCCAUCCGGCGUGUGAACCCGCUCCAGGCAAGCUCGAGAAACGGGCACACCAUGGCUCAAAUAUGGACCCAGUACGCGGAUAUCUACAUCUCCCAAAACGACCUCUCGACGGCCAACGUGGUGUUUUCACAUGCCGUGAAAUCGCAGUUCCGGACCGUGACGGAGCUCGCAGAUUUGUAUAUUGCAUGGACAGAAAUGAUCUUCACGGUGUCCGACGACGAAGCAUUGAAACACAUUGAGCUGGUGCUUUUCGACCCACAGGACGAAACCACACCGGACCAGCACAAGCAGAAGGUCGGAAACACUGUGCAUGACCAAAUUGCUCACAGCGGACACCUUUGGGCAUUCUACAUCGAUGUGCUCAAGUCGAUGAUCGAGGAAGGCGAGGACAAUCUGGCCGUCCUUUCGAAAUUGGACCAGGCGUAUAGCCGUCUUUUCAAGCUCCAGAUCAUCAGCCUUCGCCUGCUUCUAGAAUACGCAGACUUCACAGCAACACACGAAAACAUGGAAAAGAGCUAUGCAAUCUACGAGGCAGGAAUCCACAACUUCAGGUCCCCGCAGGCGCAAUUCCAUAUCUGGGCCGUCUAUCUCGACAAAAUUGCAGUGCAUGUGGAGGAUAGCAAUGCGAUCCGAGACCUCUUUGAUCGGUGUGUUUCGUCCGAGAUCCCCGGGUUCCAUGCAUACGAGAUCUUUGAAAAGUACAUUACUUUUGAGCAGAAACAAGGUAAUUUAGUCCGCUCGGUCGCCAUCAUGCGUGAUGCCAUAAACUACCUCACUCGCUCGUUUUCCUUUCCUCGCUACACCAAAGACAACCGCAACAAAAUUGCAGAUGACAAGUUCACAUUAUACAAAAAGGCAUCGCAUGCGGUUCGUUUCAAUUUGCACGAUAGCCAGUUAUAUCGGGAGAUCAUGACGCAAGCUCUACAAGAUUCGCAAUUAACACUACCGUAUGGGAUAGAACUAGGCCUAGAAUUUGUGGAGUUCGAGAAAUCCGAAAACGAACUUGAAAGGGUAAGAACUCUUUUCAAAUAUUUGGCUGGCCUCGGUCAUCCUGAUGGCCACGUGACGAAGAUUGUAUGGACGAAAUGGGAAGAAUGGGAGAUGCAAAGCGGCACAGAGACCUCAUAUAAGGGUUUGCUAGAGACACGGAGACAAUUGAAGAACGAGUAUAGGGAUGUGUCUGAGGCCAAGGCAGACAUCAAUCCCAUGGGGUUUGUCAUUGCAGAAACAAAAAAUGCUUCCGAGAAGACAGAACCAGUUGUCACUGCAAACCCAAAUGCUAUUGAAUUAGAUAUGGAUAUGUAA